GUCAUGAGUGUUAGUCAAUACGUCAAUAAUGCUUCUGAGAGCAGACGCUAGAAAUCCCAAACAAAGAGGGGUAGGAUCCUAGAAGACCACUAUUUCAUCAAUAAUGGAAUUUUCUCUCACUUGCAGACCUUAAGCUUAGGAAAGACAUUUCUUCAGAGGAAACAGCAGUCCACGUGUUCGCAUCUGAAGAUACUUAAGUGUACACUUUAUGUAGUGUGCUUAGAAAUCUGUUCCCAUAUUGUGUACAGUUAUUCCAGUUUCCUCACUCCUUGUAUACAUUGCUGUGGAUCUUUUUGGAUGUGGUUAUUCUACUGAAGUGCUGGAGAAAUUUAGGGAAUGUGCAGUUACAGAAUGGCUGUGUGAACUUUCUGUGGUUGGAAGAACACAUUUUAUUUCACAAGAUAUUUGGAAUUAUUGUGAAAUUCUUCGGAAGUCUUCAUCGAUUGAUAAAGCAUCAGAAGUACCAAAAUGUUGAAUUUGUUUCUUUCAACCAUGUUCCUGAACACGCUGACGCCCAAGUUCUAUGUGGCACUAACGGGGACGUCAUCCCUCAUAUCGGGCCUUAUUUUGAUAUUUGAGUGGUGGUACUUUAAAAAGUAUGGGACGUCGUUCAUCGAGCAGGUGUCGCUGAACCACAUCUCUCCUCUCCUAGGGGGCGAACCGGUCGCCAACAACGACAAUGGCAACACCACCAUCACUAAUGGCACCACGACAAAUGGCAACAGCAACAACAACAGCAGUAAUAACCAUGGACAACAAAGUAUGCCAGAAUGCAAAGUAUGGCGAAACCCUCUCAACUUGUUCCGUGGGGCCGAGUACCUGCGAUUCACAUGGAAAAUCAACAAAGAUCCCCUCACAUAUUACGACAUGAAUUUAUCUGCUCAGGAUCAUCAGACAUUUUUCACUUGUGACGCAGAUGCAGGAAAACCAGAAUAUGAAAUUAUGCAGACAGCAUGGCGUGAAAGAAAACCCCAGGCACGAAUUAAGGCUGCAAACGAUGCCCUCGAGAAAAACCCAGAAUGUGCUACUGCUUUGAUCCUGUUGGCAGAAGAAGAUGCGUCGUCAAUUCUCGACGCAGAGAAAUUAUUUAAACAAGCGUACAAAUAUGCAGAAGUUCUGUACAAGAAAUCUCAACAGACAAUGCAUCUUGGACAAACUCAGGAAUCAAUACACAGAAGGGACACGAAUGUGGUAGUAUAUAUAAAGCGCCGACUGGCCAUGUGUGCCAGGAAGCUGGGAAGGGUACGAGAGGCCGUCAAACUCAUGAGAGAGAUUAUGAAGGAGUUUCCCAUCCUGACAAUGUUUAACAUCCAUGAAAAUCUCAUAGAGGCCUUACUGGAACUGCAGUUGUAUGCAGAUGUCCAGGUCGUCCUAGCCAAAUACGAUGAUAUCAGUUUACCCAAGUCAGCCGCUAUAUGCUACACUGCUGCACUUCUCAAAGCAAGAGCUGUCGCUGACAAGUUUUCACCAGACAUUGCCAGCAAGCGAGGGCUUAGCACUGCGGAGAUGUCGGCAGUGGAGGCAAUACACAGAGCAGUGGAGUUUAACCCACAUGUUCCCAAGUAUUUGUUAGAGAUGAAGAGCUUGGUGUUGCCGCCGGAGCACAUUCUGAAGCGCGGUGACAGUGAGGCGCUAGCCUACGCGUUCUUCCACCUUCAGCACUGGAAACGAGUGGACGGCGCACUCAAUCUCCUACACUGCACUUGGGAAGGAACUUUCAGAAUGAUACCAUACCCCUUGGAGAAGGGUCACUUGUUCUACCCCUACCCCACAUGUACAGAGAACGCUGACAGAGAGCUACUCCCAGCGUUUCACGAGGUUUCAGUCUACCCGAAGAAGGAGCUGCCUUUUUUCAUCCUCUUCACAGCGGGCUUGUGCUCCUUCACAGCGCUCCUCGCACUCCUCACACAUCAAUACCCAGAGCCCAUGGGCAUCAUCGCUAAAACGGCUCUCACGUGGAUCUACAUGCCAGUGAGCUACAUUCUCGAGAAACUGGAGGCCAUUCUGCCCUCAAACCUGUUUCAGCAGCUCUCCCGCAUCUAGUCACUGUGGUAAAACAUCUGGUUACCAUGGCUACACUAUCACUUGAUUACCACGGCAACAGCAUCACACAACCCUGUUACUGAAGAUACCAGAUAGUGAUAAAUGGAAAAUGACAUAUCAUUGGCUAAUAUCAUUGUCCUAUGGGAUUAUUUGGAGAUGAUAAAGCUGCAAUUUCACAGAAUGUCUGUUUUGACAACUUUUUAUUUUUUGUCUUGAAAUGAACUAAUUUUGGAGUAGAUAUCUGGAAACCAGUGAUAUGUUACUGGUGGCGUAAUAUCAAGUCAAAGUUUUAUCAGCAUAAACAUAAAAAUGUUAUUGCUUUUAUACAGAAUACAAUAAAAAUACAGAAUGAACAAGUCAUUAAUAUUUACAAACACAAAUGUAGCUAUUAAUAAUGAGUCAAAAGUAUGUUGUUAAAUAUUUGCAAAAUGAACUAGAUCAAUUUAAGUUACCCAUGUACACAAUAAUAAUUUUAGUUUGUAGAUAACAUGCAUGAUGAAAAUAUCUGGUUUGAAUAUUGUUAUAUAUAAGAACAGAUUUAACUAAUGGAACAGUUACAUACAAGUGAGGCAUACUUGAUAAAUGAAUAUCGAAUUGAUAAGAACGUAUUUGAGGGUUUUUUUGUCUGACAAAUCACCCACUGUGUUAGCUUAACAGAAUGAGACUUCAGUGUCUAUACAUGUGAGUUUCAAAUUUUGGUUUGGAUUUAUAUAUUGAUGGAUUAUCUAUUUAAAUGGUAAUACUUGGCUGUUCUAGUUCAUUUGAAAACAAUAACUUGUUACUAUGUACAUAUUUACAACUUAAUUAUUAUGUAAGUCAAGAUAUAUCAAUUUUGCAAGUUUAUUUAACGUAUUAUCAGAUCGAAGUUUGUAACAUAGAUGUUCGAAAAUUGAAGUAUUAUGCCUAAAAGUGUUAAUAGCACUUUAAGAAAAAUUAGUUUUUCGGCAUCAAACAUCAAUUUUGCGGACGUAAGUAUGAAACAAUCUGAUCUGAAUUUUUGUCAGCAGUCUUAUAUGACUGAUUUCCAGACCUUUAUGCUUAAACUGGCCCAUUCUAAGACAAAAAAUAUAACAGUUGUCAAAAUGGUCCAUCUGAGAGAGUGCAGCUUUAAGAUGAGUGAUGAAUCAGCAUUGUGUUACAAACUCUUGUUAUCUUAUUAAUUGCUGUUUACAUAACAUAGCAUUACAAGGUUUCAGUUUCACUUGUUAAAGAGUUCUAAAACAGGGUACCUUGGAUAAUUUUUACGUUACAGUUGAAAUUAGUUUUGAGUGGAAGGCACUCUAACAUUGAGAUUGAGUUACAUGUAUUUUGUUUGGAUUAAAGUUACAAGGAAUGUAAAUUUUGAUAUAGUUAUGGUAUUUUAAUUUUGAUAUAGUUUUGGUAUUUUAACUGAACUUUUUUUAAUGCCAUAGUAUUAUUUUAAAAAGCCAUAUUAUUAUUUUUUCAUUUAUGAUGUAAAAACCAAAGUGUUUUUCGUUUGAGUUGUGUUCAGUGUAAGUUAGAUAUUUCAUCUAUAUUCACCAAAUCUCUCUUAUAUUUGGUCAAAAUAAUAUAUUUUCCAACUGAAAAGCAUUAUUUUUAAUAUCUGCCAUACAUCAUUAUGUUAAAUUAGCAGUCGACCAUUAUUGAUCUUAAUCAGGUGUAUCGGUAGAUUGAAAGAGAGGACGAGCUGGUAGACAAAAUAUAAUAUCAACCACUAAACUGGCUAAAGUUAUUGGUCUGCAUUUACCACAAUAAAUGUUAUACAAAUAACCUUAAACCAUUAUAUAAACUCUGUUGAAAAAAUCUGCUGUAUUAAAUAUGCAUAAACUUUGUGGUAUUCGCUAAAAUCAAUGUUUUCUCCUGAAAAUACAUAUUUAUUCAAUUAUCUCUACUAAUUGAAAAGCAUGUUAAGCUGUCAGAUUUAGUGGUAGUAUUAAAUCUUGUGAAACAUCAAUGCUUUUACAGUCAAAUCCAUUUCCAUCAUACAAAGGUUCUGGGUAAUAACACACUUUAGUUCAUGACUGGCUUCUAUUUCAUUUAUGCUUUAAAAUGCUGGUUAAUGUUAGAACUAGUCAAUCAUUUAAAAGCCUUUAAAAUCAGUAUUUUUUUCAUCACUGUUUUUUUUAUGUACUCAAACUAAUUUAUUGGUUAUGGGGUUGACAUGCUAACAUUUAUAAUUGAAAAUUAAGCAUAAUGAAAUAAAUGGAUAUUUCAUAUAAGUACAGCAUGGUCUCCAUUCGCUAAUUUCUUGUGUCCAAUUUUGGGACUCGGGCUAAGAAAACUGAAUUUCUGGAUGAUUCAAAAUAUCUAUAAUUAAACAAAUUUUCAACACUUUGAAGAAGAAUUAUGGGUCUGAAUUUCGGUCUCAAGACGAUAAUGAAUAUGGCCGUAUAAUGUCGGUUUUUCUGAAAAAUUCAGAGUAUAUGUGAGCUGAUACAAACAGAAAUGGUUCUUAUUGUAACUAUGACAUCAGCAAGAAAUAAUUAUGACAUACAUCUUUACAGAGUGUUAUGUGUUCCUAAGGUCAGGCUUUUCUUAUAAUUUGGUUUCUUUUUUGUGUAAAAUAUAUUUCAUAUGAUUUCAAAACUGAAAACUCAUGACUUUAAGACCCAUUUUUGCUUGACUUGGCUCAUAUAUAUAUAUAUGUAUAUGUUAUAAUUCACUUUGCUGUUUAAGUUUGCAGAAAUCUCUUAAAUAAAGAGGGUAGAUGUCUAGCUGCCGUUUGCUGCUGUGUACUCUAAUAUUAAAAUAAUUCUUCCUAUUUGAAUAGAUAAUGGAGAAAAUGUUGAACGAAUACAAAUGAUUUGGAAGUAGAUGCUGCUGUGUCGACCUACAUGAUAGUGUUGUAUUGAUGCAGUAUAUGAAUGCAGUCCAUGACAGAAAAAUAGUCGUAACCGUUGUUAAGAAAUUGUAUAUGAUAAUUGGAAUACAUCCUUGUUAUACUUUUUGGUAUUGACAGUAAACUUUUGUGCAUGUUUUCCUUGCAUGGAAUACAAAAUGGCUUAUUAAAGUGAGCUAGACUGUUUUGGUUAAAGAGUUCAGUAGACUAUUUUUUACUAUCAGUGUGAAAUUCAACAACUGUAAUGAUUUUUGUUCAUGUAAUAUGUGAAAGCUAUCACAUUGGAGAUUGGUCUGAACUAAUGGCAAUAAAUGCCAAAAAUUCA